AGUCAGUGCUUCUGGGUCGCGAGGCCAACGCGCUGAUUACGCCUCACAUACUUAGAUAUGUGGAAGACCUCGAGUUCUUCUUCCGGAUUCCUUGGGGGAAGCACUCAUUCGCCAGACUCAUGCACUCGCUUCAGAAAGACAUGUUGAAACAGAAGGCCAACUACGAGAAGAAGCUGAGUUCGGAUGUUCAGCACGAGUGCAAAUACACAGCAUAUGGCUUCGCACCUGCAGUACAAUAUUGGGCGUACGAGGCCAUUUUGGAGGUUGGGAAGAGGUAUGGCACGAACCACGGGAUUCGGUUCCCCAGGAUGCUUAGCUGGACGAGCAAAGGCGAUAUUGGGAAGAAAGACGUCAGCGCAUUAUUUUCUAGACGGAAUCUGGAAGUGGUGAAGGGGCUACUUCCACGGACAGAGGAGGAGGCAUUUGUGAGGACAAUAUCUUACGAUGGUGUGGAGAACCUGGUUGAUGAUGUUGUGGAUGACACAGAGGCUGAGGCAGGUAGUCAGGUACCAGAGACUCAGGUCCCAGACACUCAGGAAAGAGACACUCAGGUACCAAUUUUUGGAACUUUUUUUUAUGUCUUUAUUUUUUAUUAUUUUUGUUUUGUGAUAUUUGUUACAUUGUGGAAUUAUCGUAUGCUUACCGUAUUUUUUUGAUAUAU